UCAGCAUUACAACAUGCUUUUAAAAUUGAACAGAAUGCGAUUUUUCACUAAAUCAAUUAAGUCUCGUAAGAGUAUUCAAAUUAAUGCAUCGUUACUUUACUGCUCAGAAUCUCGAAUAAUUAAACCAAAAAAUACAAUUGAAGAGAAUUUAGAAAAGAAAGUAAAAGUUUGGAUGAAAACGUACGAAGAUUUGUUUGGAAUAACUAGACUGUCAGAAAUGCAUGAAAAAGUGUUAGAACAUCAAAAUAAAGUGCAAGUUACACAGGAAAAGAGAAGACGAGUUCAAGAGGAAAUUUUUAUUGUUCAAAAGAAAUUACAAGAGAUGCAAGAUAUAUUACAUAAAACAUCAAUGGGAGAUGAUAUGUAUAUAUCUGUGGUUACACAGGUUCGUGAACUGCUGAAGGAACAAAAACGUUUACAAGAUGUCUUUUCUUUGUAUGAUCAAACUGAGAAAGAACAGCAAACGACACUAGCUUUAUCAAUAAAUAACAGUCAAGACCAAGAGAGGACUUACAGAGAAAAAAACAAAUACCUCUCUCUAAUUACUGGAAUUGUUGGAGGUGUAUUAGGAAUACUUGGUUCAAGUAUCAACAACUGGCGCCAUCGAAAAGAUAUAAAAAGUUUUGCUAAUGACAUCUUAAGCCAAGUGGUGGAUCUUCAAAAAACAAUGGACAGAAUUAAUUCAAUGUUUACGGCGGAUAAACACCUGUUAAACGUAGCUGAGGGUGAAGCAAAAAUGAAAGAUUUGGAAUCUGCAGUGAAAUUGCAGCAUGAAAUACUAAAUGAAACUGUUAAAAAGCUGCAGAAUUUGUUAAAUCAAAAAUACAAUGUUUCUGAACAUCAUGAAAACUAUUCAUCAGGCUUAAGUAUAGAAGAAAUACUUAACAAUUAUGAAACUAAUUUAGAUUCUAAAUUGAGGCAUUAUUCAUCUUUAAACAUUGGGCUCAUAAGUAUAAUCAUUUUAGGAUUUUUCAUUUAUUUAAAAAAUCAGUGAUGUGGGUUCUAGCAAUUAUAUGAAUUGAAUUGUUCAAUAGUAAAAAUUACUAUUGGCAAAAGAUAUAUAAAUAAGCAUAAAUAUUUAUUGUUAUUUUUGUACUAUUUAAUUGGAACAUAGGAAAUUUUAAUAAAAUUUAUUGUGUAAAAGUUCAGUUAGAGUAUCCUGAAUUUUUAAAUUAGCUGAAUGAAAUUCUGAAUUUUACUCAAUGUUGAAAUGCAAGCAUGUGUAUGUACAGCUAAUGAGAAAAGACGCAAAACAUUUUUUUUUAAAGUUUAAAAAACUGGCAGUUUUGCAAUGCUGUCUCCAAAUUUGCAAAAUUGUCAAACAAAAUUUCCUGAAUAAGAAAAAUUCUGGAGGGUCAAUAACCUU